AUGCGGUCAACGACAUUACUCCUGAUGGCCGCGAGCUUCGCCGUAACGGGCGUAAGCGGCGUCCGGGCCGCGGCGAACCUGUGCUUCUUCCCUGGCGGUAUCCAGAGCCUCGACGUUCCGUGCGACCCCAAGGCCGAGGUCAGCAUGUGCUGCGGCUCCGUGAACGCCUGUCUGAGCAACGGCUUGUGCAAGCUCGAGGAUACGUCUAACAACACUGGCAUCGCGUAUGCGAGAGGUACAUGUUCGGAUCCGACUUGGCAGAGCCCGAUUUGCCCGCAAAAUUGCGUACUAAACCCCGACACGAGGAAAAACAGCUCGGCAUACGACUUCCGCUUCAACGGCGUCCAAGUAUGGCAAUGCGACAGCCAAGGUUUCGCGACGCCGGGGAAGUUCUGCUGCGAAUCCGCCGCCGAAAAGACGCGCUGCUGCUCCACGCCGGCCGCCAUCUUCGGACCCCUCAUCGCCGCCACGCCGGGAAACGCACUGGCCGUCCAGACAUUCAACUCAAACGCAAAGACUACGCCGACACCGUCCGCCUCGGGCUCCCGCCACGGAGGAAGUGCGGCAGAGGCAACGGGACCGGGACAUACGCCCGCGGUGACUUCGAUACCGACGAUGACCUCCAAGAUCCCUGCGUCUACGCCGGCUGUGGCUGACGGCGUGGCGCCGACCGACCCGGGACAGAACACGGGCAACAACGGCGGCAACCAAGAGAAGCAAGGGCUGGGAACUGUGGCCAUGGUCGGCAUGGGAGUCGGUGCGAGUGUGGGCGGUGCGCUGCUCGUUGCUGUCGGCGUCAUGUGGUGGAUGAGGAAAGAGAGAAAGGACAGAGGACCCGUGGAGCUUGACGGGUCGAGUAUGCACGGCGAUCUGUCACGGUCAAAUACCGGACGGAUCGCGUACGGCGGUAUGAAUGUCGGCAACGGCACGGGCACGGUCAGCUCGAUGGGCACGGGGACGAUGGUCGGAGGGACGUAUGGUAUGGGCAUGGGCGUGGGCAGCGUCGGACGUCGGACGAGCAGCGAAUGGGACGGCAGCCCAGGCGGGUUUGGAGGUGCGUAUCAGAUGGCGGAGAUUGAUGGCAAGGAGACGCUCGUUGUGUCUGAGCCAAAGGGGAGAAAGAAGAGUUUGUACGAGCUGCCAUAG